ACGGAAGGAGGGGGCGGUGAGAAGCGGAGCUGUGAUGCACCCAGCGGAUCACAUGAGCACGGAUCUGUUUACAAACUGAAGUGGAGCACAGAGACGAGGAAGAAGAGAGGAGCGCCCUGAACGUGAGAGGAACAGACGAGAGAAGAGAGGAGAAGCUGAAUCCGCAUUAGCCGCAGCGUGUCAACCCUCCAGGAAGAGAUGAGGAGCUGCUUUCCACAGCAACAUUACUGAGGCUCACUGACUCACUGACUGACUGACUGCCGGGGGAACCCAUCCAUGUCCCCCCCUUUGUCUCUCCAUAAUUGGCCACGGCAGGUUUUCACAGCCUUGAGAGGAGGACAGCGACGUGGAGGUCUGGAGAAGAGAUGAGAGAGUGACAGAGGAGAGAAAGAAGGAAAAGGAAGAGGCUCAUAACGAUGAUCUGAAGAGGAGAUAAAGCUAAACAGCAGGGAGUCGUGCUCGGACAGGUUUAUUUCCAGAGCGCUGGACUGGAUUUUGAGCUUUUUUCCCUCAUAUUGUCUCUGACGUUGGUGUCUUUUCAUCCACGUCGCCUACAGGAUUGUCUCCAUGCUGAGGAAGGACACAGCUGGGAGUCUAAAUCUCUACUGAGGUGGAUGUUUUGUAGUUAAUAAUCCUUGCUGACUGAUUUCUUGCUCUGUUGAGUUGAGCAGCUGCUUACUGGGCUGAUGUCUGCUUGAAGAACUGGAAUCUCAGGUCUAUUUACUCCAGACCACAAGGAGAUAGCUCUCACCAUCAACUCUCAGGGUCAACUAGUCUGAACUUAAAAGGUAGUGGACAUUAUAUCCACCUCCGAUCCCCUUUUAAACAACUUCACAAAAGUUGUGGAAAUUUGUGAAGCUUUGCCAUCUGACGAGCUGCAUUUAAUGCAUCCUGUCAAAUGGUGUAACGGGUGUCUGUGUGACCUUGGAUUGGAGAACUCCAAACUCCACUGCAAGAUGACGUCCGAGGAUCUCUUCAACCUGCCGCUCAACAUCUACAUCAUCAUCCUGGGCAUUGGCCUCUUCAUCCUCAUGCUCAGCCUCUUCUUCUGCUGCUACCUCUUCAGAUUGAGGCGACAAGGUGCUCGAGAACAGUAUGGCUACAGUGAGGUUGUUUUGAAAGGAGCGGAGAAGAAACUGAGCCUUCUUGGUCAAACAUGUGCGGUGUGUUUAGAAGAGUUUCGCAGUAAGGACGAGCUCGGGGUGUGCCCUUGUUCACAUGCUUUUCACAAGAAGUGUCUGCUAAAAUGGUUAGAAAUCCGCAGCGUCUGUCCCAUGUGCAACAAGUCCAUUUGUCGCCUCCAGCCGGACCCCCCACAAGCAUCCGAGCGACAACAAAGUCUCCUGGAGGUCUGAGAGUGAAACGCAUGUCCAGCAGUACCUCACGUUCUCCACUAAAUAGUCAUCUGUCACUAUAGAAGGUCCUGUUUCACUGUCCAACAGACUGUAUUAAUAGUAAAGCAUUUUGAGGCAGAGCUACUGUGGGAGAAGAAAUUGUAUUAACUGGACAUACGGAGCCAAAGAACCUAACAAGCAAACUGAGACAUAUACAGUUGUGUUAGAGACUUUCCACCAAUUAAUGGAUUAACGCAAACUAGAAAGCUGCAGAUACUUUCCAUUAAAGUACCCGAGCUAGGCUGUGUGGAUGCACAAGUGCCUUAAAGCUGCAGAUCCUGCGAACGACCCUAAAUCAAUUUCAGACUGGGUUGUUGGUUGUGAGCUAGCUAAUCCCAGUUAUUCUGUACGUGAGUAUUGGUGGAUUUGAAAACUCUUUAAUUGCGAGUACAAUGACUUGAGAAGAUCUGUGUUUGCUCAACUGCCAGGUUUUGCCCUUUUAAUUGAGUUACUGAUUUAACCUUUUAAUCUGGUAAAAUUCCCAGUCAUCCAGGUCGUGUUUAUCCAAGAACUUUUUAAUGGUGUGCAACCGGGCUUGGUUGUAGAUACUAAUAGAGUAUUGAUGAAGAUCUCUCAUCCAACAAGCUUUUUCAGUUACAGCUGACUGUUGAGGAGCCCCAGGUAUUUAACUACAGCGGGCUCAGUAUGAAUUGAUGUGACUUGGUCAGUUGGUGCCCCUGGCUGUUGUAACGACAGUUGUUAGAUGUUGGAGUCACAUGAGACCAAGUGUAAACAACCAUCGUCUUUGCAGUCACCUGAGGCUUGAAAUGUGAAUGUUGGUUAAAUUAGCUGUAAAGGGAGGAGGAAUGCAUUGUAGGCGUUGGAUGAGAGGUGUCAUGGACCUCCUCCUCUGUUGGACGGUGGUUUCUCUAAUUUGACGUAGAUGGCCUCCUUCACUCCUGUUUCAAAUCACCUGUCCUUCCUUUCUAAAAUAUGUGUGAUUGUUAUCAUUGGAGGUGUGUCCCUUAUCUUUAGGUGUAAGUAAACACACAAAGUGUGUGCUCCUGUGUUGAGCGAUGCAUUUGUUUAUUGGUUGGUUAGUUUCAUCCCUAUGUGCAUUCCUCACUGCGUUGGACAGCAGACACUAGAUUUCUUUUCCGGGUGUGUGGUCUUUUGGAUGUACCAGUUCAUGUCCUAGUGCUUUGCUGGGUUUGAAAAACACAGGGAUGCAGUACUUGUUGAAGAUCAGUGUCUCAAAUACUCCAGACAUGUAAAAGAUGACUGUUAAGUUGACACAUUAUCAGCUUGGUUCUAUCUUGUGUUCCAGUGGAGCUGGAGGAACUUUCUACAGGAACUAGGAAACUUUGCAGAUACUGCAGUGGAACCUUUCCAAAGUCCCUUAACUGGAAGGAGUAAUUUAGAAAAGUAUAGAAACCUUUGGGCUGGGGUUUGCAAUUUUGAAGAGUCCUGAUUGGUCGAGUAUUCAUGCGAGAGCUUGUAAAAUACUGAUUUAUGAAUUGAGCAUUCGAGGUGUUUUCAAUGCCCCUUUUUACAGCGCUCUUGUCUCUUCAAGCAUUAAAUUAAGAUUUACAGCAGCAUGGCUUUAAUCUAUUCCAUGUUUACUGCUGUUUUGCUAAAUUUGUACAGUGUCAUCAUUGUCAAUCUUUUGCAUUGUGGUCUCCUGGUGGACUGGAGUGGAAAAGCUUGUUGUAGCCAUUGGUUGUUCCUACAUUAGCAGGCUGAUUUGCCAAAUCUCUCGUGGUCCAUAGACUUUGGUGGAAACACUGAUGAACAGGUGAGCAAGAACCUUUUGGGUUCCUUGAAAAAAGUUCCUGCAAGUUCCAGUUACUUCGGUUGCAACACGGCUCAUGUUUAGGUACUCCUGUGUGUGUAUAGGUUUAGAUUCUGCCAAGAUUACCAAGAUAGCUAGAGAGCCAGGAAGCUAUAGGCUCCUUCUCAAUCUUUGGGUAACUACACAGAUUAGAUGUUCAUAUCUUUCUUGUCUUAUUCUUGUUUUUUGUAGCAAGAGCACAUCUGCUUGUCUUUUCCAGUGGCCUUCAGUUUAAUAUUAGACGUAGUUAUACAGUUACCUUUUUCAAGUAAGAUUCAUCCACUGAGCUUGCAUCAUCCAUCAGGCAGAGAUGUGGGUUCAACAAUACAUAUUCUAAAUACAGGUUAUUCCAAAUGGUUUACUUUCUUUUUCCUCUCCACUGUAUUCAAGGUGCAAGUGGAGUCAGAUGACAUACUAACAUCUUAAGAGAGCGUCCCUCUAUGUGACACAAACAGUUGUGUGGCCCUCAGCCAUUUCUGGGAUGUUGAUGUGUAGUGUCACUUCUGUAACUCAGCUAAUGAGUUUAUUUCUGCCUCCAGAGCUGCUCUGCCUCUGAGCCAUGUUUGUAUGACAGUUUGGCCCAUAAUUAUAUGCAGCUCCAUGUAAAUGUGAUGUGUCUGGGUCUUUAGCCUCAACUCCAGAGGCUGGAGCUUGGAAAGAGGAAGAUUCAACCACCAGACAACUAGUUUUGACCCCGCAUUGAAAGGUAAUGCAGAGACUGCCGUGAAAGAUGUAGAACAUUUACAAUCAAAAUAACAUGAAGUCCUGUUUAAUUGAACAAAACAGAGUAAUGUUUAACUUUAGAUUGAGUGUUGUGGUGUGUGUGUUUUGGCUGUAAUCUUCUGUUAUCUCACAGUCAAUCAGCUCCGUCCCAUAGUAUGUUGCCAAGCUUAAUGAAGGUAAUGAAGCCCUAAAUGACAACACAUUGGAGCUAUAUGGGAUCUAAGAGAAAAAACAACUACAUGCUGUCAUACGCCUGUUCAGCUACAACAAAAGGUCUGAAGUGACUUAACCACAAAAUACACAUAAAUACAUACAGGAAAUAAUUUUUAGGAACUAUUUUGUAUCAUAACUGGCUCUCAAUAAAGGGCCUAGGAUGUCAGCUACAACACUUUAAGUGUCAUUUGUCUAACAGUAGGCCAUCCUCAAUAAAGACGAUGAGAGAUAAAGCGACCAUUAAUCUAAGCUCCUGACGUCUAAGAACCGCUCUGUACGGUUAUAAAUAGAAACACUGCACUGAUAUGAGGAACCUGUUUGAGCUUGUUUCUUGUCUGAGUGAGGUGCCUUUGAACACCAUUCUCUAAGGGUAGGAAUACAUUAUUAGUACUGUGCAAAUUGUAAAUGCUUUGAAUUUUCUAUUUCUGAAAAAAUACAGAAUCCGUGUUUUGAUAUUGUCAA